UUCCCUUCUGUAUAAGAGGAUUCUCACGUUGCCAGUUGCAAGGCAUCCAGGACUCUGAACCUCGGGGAUAUUUGGGAUCACAAGCCGAGUGGUGAGGUGAGUAUCUGAGCUUCGGGCGUCACAUCUCCGUCAGCUGUGAUGAUGAUGAUGAUGAAGAGCUAUUCCAGCGCAGCUGUACUCGUUGCGGCGUCGUUUCUUCUGCUCAGCUGUGGCUCGCUGUGGCGGCCCGUCCAUGCCAGGGAUUGGGUCGGGCAGAGAUAUGUAGACGAAGCAGAAUUCGUGCUUGUGCAUGGAGCCAGCGGAGGUGCGUGGAACUGGUAUAAAACGCUCACUGCGUUGCAGCACAGCGGGUUCAAGACGUCGGCUGUGGACCUGACUUCAAAUGGCAUCGACAAGACGAGCUCAGACAACGUCACCUCGCUCGCUCAAUUCGCCCAGCCCCUAACGGACUAUCUGGGAAAUGUGGCGGGCAAGGUUAUACUGGUCGGUCACAGCUUGGGAGGGGUCUCAAUCUCCUACGCCAUGGAGAUGUUUCCCCACAAGAUUAUCAAAGCUAUAUAUGUGACAGCCAUCAUGCCCAAGAACAAUCAGAGUGCAGUUGACACAUUUCCACCGGAUCUGUUUCCGAGCUUCCUGGCGAAUGGAGUGUUCUCUCUGAAUUACGCGAAUGGCCUCAACUCCAACCCGACUUCAAUCUCGAUCAACCGCUCAAAUGUGAUCGACUACAUCGCCCAGGAAUCUCCGUUAGAGACGCAAUUGCUCGCUCUGGCUUUGUUGGGAUCCACACCCUACGGAGGAUUCGCCCUCCCUCUGACGCUCACGCCUGAAAGAUAUGGAAGCGUUCGCCGAUUUUACGUGGUGACUGGCAGAGACAAGCUACUUCCUCCGAGCUACCAGGAGUCACUCUUCGAGGCCAACCCGGUGGAAGCAGCAUUUCGUCUGCAGAAAUCCGAUCACUGUCCCUUCUUCAGCUACCCGGAAGAACUCACGGCUCUUCUGCUGUACAUCGCACUCCUGUAGUUGGCCAGACCUGCCCUGUUCUGCUCUGCUCUGCUCUGGUGAAGAAAGUGGCCCGUCUCCUGUGGCAAUGAAGGUCGCUCAUGUGAACGACAAAUUUCCUGCGAGCCUGUGCCGGCUUCGGGCCCUCGAAAGACUCUACACCCAGAGAUGAUCAGACAUGUCUGCCUUUAGAUACGGCUUAAGAAAGCCUGAGAGUGGAUGUACUCUGCAGCCAGCUUCCGGCAGAUAUCUAAUUAAGCCCAUUCUUGUAGGAUUCCUUGGAAUUCCAGAUGCAAAUGGCUGGUGUUGCUGCUUGGGUUGGCUUGGGUUGGCUUUCAUCCUUCCCACUGUGUCGGCUCGAUCGUGUCACACAUUAUUCAGGUCUCUGUCUGUGUCUGCUUGACAUCA